AGGAGCACCAUCAGAGAAAUAUUAUCCGCUAAAAGCACCAUCCUGACCGAGAAUGAUAAAAAUCAGUGUUUUAGUAUGCUUAUUACUGUGCAGCUGUUGCUUUGUAAAUAGUAGUGGUCAAGAUCCAGGUUCUCUGCUUUCUCUUAAAUCUUCCAUUGAGCAAUACCUGAACAAUGGCACCCAACCGCUAAACCUGACUGCAGCCUUACAAGGUAUAGAGUUCCCUCAUUUAUUUAGACGUGACACCGACGUGAGCCUAUUUAACAAGGAUUUCACAUGUCUGACCUGUGAUGUUUUGGUCAAUCUUCUGCUAGUUCAGUUCUGGGCUGGAAUCGAUAAACAGACAUUAGCAAACGAAGUCAUAUUCAUUUGCACAGCUACGAAGAUUGAAGAUCAGGCUGUUUGUUCAGGACUCGUGCAGGAAAAUCUGGACAUAUUUGAGUAUAUAGCCAAAAACGACAAAAAAUUUAAUGGCCACAGAGUUUGCGGUCUGUUACUACAAAAGUUUGACUGUUAUCCAGACAAAAGCGAUUGGAAAAUUUCCAUACCACCAAGGGGACACACAAAAAAGAAGGCUGUAAGUACAGAUACUUUCAACAUACUUCACAUCACAGACAUUCAUUUGGAUCCAAGGUAUACUGAAGGCAAAAAAGUUGACUGUGGAGAGCCUCUUUGUUGUCAAGAUGAUCAGAAGACUGCUGACGUAGGAGAUAGACCAUGUGGUUAUUGGUCUGAGUACCUCCAUGUCGAUACACCAGUACAUCUAUUAGAAGAAGUAAUAGCACAAAGCGGUGUCCAUGACUUUGAUUACGUUUACAUGACAGGUGACUUGGUGAGUCACCGGGUUUGGGAAACUAGCAUCGAAGGGAAUACAGAAACCAUCACAAGGACAUAUGAUUUACUUUUGCAAAAUUACCACGUCCCAAUAUUUCCAGUACUAGGGAACCAUGAGGCGCAUCCAGUCAACCAAUAUUCUGAAAUUGGUGAGGAAUCAUCAUUCUCAAUGCAAUGGCUGUUCAGUCUGUUUGCAAAAAAAUGGUCUAAACGAGUUAGUGGUGAAGACACUAUCAUGAAAGGCGGAUUUUACACAGUAUCUCCAAGAAAGGGUUUCAGAAUUGUUUCACUAAACAAUAAUGUCUGCUAUUCAUCAAAUUGGUGGCUGCUCUUAAACGACAACGAUCCAUACGAUCAACUAAAGUGGCUAGUGGAAGUGUUGCUAAAAGCAGAGGAAAAUGAUGAAGUUGUGCAUUUGUUGGGUCAUGUACCGCCUGGAGCUGAUUGCCAUAAACCAUGGAGUAGAGAAUUCAACCGCAUCAUUGAAAGAUUCUCACACAUUGUAGCAGCCCAGUUCUACGGUCACACUCACAUGGAUGAGUUCUACAUACAUUACAACAGCUCAAACGAACUUGAAGCAAUUGGAGUUGGAUUCAAUGGAGCAUCCGUCAAUACUGACCUUUCUAAUCCUAGUUAUAAAAUUUACACCGUAGAUAGCAUAGCAUAUAACGUCGUUGAUAUGUUCCAGUACACAUUCAACCUCACUUUAGCAAACGAGGAUCCAGUAGCAGAUCCGCAAUGGUACACUCAAUAUUCUUUCAAAAGCGCUUAUGGUCUGAGUAGCAUGCAGCCUAUGGAUAUGGAUGCAUUAGUUAUCAGAAUGGCCAGGAACCAUUCGUUACUGGAUCAGCAGUUCAGGUAUACGUACAGGGACAGUGAUUGGGCAUACCAAAGAGGCUGUGAUCACACGUGUCGAAAAAAGCUGUUGUGUACAAUGGUUACAACUGAUGCUUCCAGGACAACAAAAUGCAAAAGUAUAUUAGGAAUAUAUGAUGACAACGUUUAACCGUAUGAAGACUUUAUGAGCAAGAUUGAAGGAAUAGUUUUAUUAGUAUUACUUUGCAUUAUCAAUAAACGGCUGUUAUUUUAUUGUAUA